CAUCGCGGAACGCUCGCACAGAGAAACAGAGAACGGAAGAUUCUCGAACAUUCGGAUGAGAAGAAAAAACAAACUUCGACUUAGCGAAGAAAAACGUGUCUCGACAUUACUGUGAGUUGUGUUUCCCGAACAAAGCGCCUGUGAAAUCAAUUAAACGCUAAAGAGUACAUCUGUUCGAGGGUAACCAUACAAUCGGCGUGUGUUUCGAAAGUAAGUGCUACAAUACUAUCACGUUUCAUUUCGAGCCGGGUGUUUCUAACCCCUUCGUACAACAUAACACUCGUUUAUCGCGGUUGAACACAGACAGGCUGUAUAGUGAAAAUGGCCACUCAAGAAGCCAAGCAGCUGGCACUAAAGGAAAAAGAUUUCGGCAAUGCGGCAUACAAAAAGAAGGACUUCGAAACGGCACUUCAGCACUACCGCACGGCUUUGACGCAUGAUCCGACGGACAUAACAUUCCACAACAAUAUUGCGGCAGUAUACUUCGAACAGAAGGAGUUCAAAAAAUGCAUCGAAGAGUGUGAAAAGGCUGUUGAGGUAGGUCGUGAAAACCGGGCGGACUAUAAGCUUAUCGCGAAGGCGUUUACCCGCACCGGCAACGCGUAUCGCAAGCUGGAAGACUACAAAUCCGCCAAGACGUACUUCGAGAAGUCACUCUCGGAGCACCGGACGCCCGAGGUGAAGUCGUUGCUUAGCGACACGGAGAAAAAGAUCAAGGAGAUGGAGAGACUAGCCUACAUCGAUCCGGCCAAGGCAGAAGAAGAGAAGGAGAAGGGCAACGAAUAUUUCAAGCAAGGUGACUACAGUACGGCCGUGAAGCACUACUCCGAAGCGAUCAAGCGCAAUCCGGACGAUGCGAAACUGUACAGCAAUCGGGCCGCCUGUUACACAAAGCUGGCCGCCUUCGAUCUGGGUCUAAAGGACUGUGAAACGUGCUGCCGACUGGACGAAACUUUCAUCAAAGGGUGGAUUCGCAAAGGCAAGAUUCUGCAGGUGAUGCAGAAAUCAUCCGAAGCGCUCACAGCAUACCAAAAAGCCUUAGAGAUCGAUCCGAACAAUGCGGAAGCGCUGGAAGGAUAUCGAGCGUGCACCAUGGCGGUACACGCAGAUCCGAAGGAAGUAUGGAAGAAGGCAAUGCACGAUCCAGAGGUGCAACAAAUUCUGAAAGAUCCGGCAAUGCGUGUGAUUCUAGAGCAAAUGCAAAACGAUCCAAAGGCAGUGCAAGAGCAUCUCAAGAAUCCUCAAGUAGCUUCCAAAAUUCAAAAACUACUCGAGUCCGGAAUCAUUCAAAUCUACUGAAGACGCUUCUCGAAUGUACGACAUCGGAAGGGCAAAGGCAACACAACACACCUGCAGCGUCUCUCGUCACUCUUCCACCGCCAGUCGAAAAUAUCCUUUGAGUUAAACUGAACAGAGAGAAGGAGAGAGUGAUAGCAAGUGGAAAAGAGAUAGAAAACGUAGUGGAUGAUCGUCAGAGCGAAUGAUCGAGAAUUUCCCGAAGGUGAAUUUAAAUCGUCGCAUCGCUUGCAAAGCUGCCCAUUUUUCUUUUCUUCUAAGCGUUGUCGCAAAAGCCAGCUCAAUUUGAUCUAAUUUAGUUUGUGCCCUUCUUGUUUUGAUUUCUGGAGCCCGAGGUUCAACCAUAUUUAACCACACAUUCUGGCCGUUAAAUUUGUACCGGUACAAGUGCAACGGAAUAUGUUAUGUUUUGGUUUUGUUUAGCCACCUAUUUCCUUAAUGGCACAGCAAUGCGGCACCAUUAACUACACAAACUCGAUUCAUACACUAUUAGCAACGCAUUCAGAAUUGCCUAAGAACAACGGUUAAUAAUCCGACUAAGCAUUAGGGUACGUCGUAAGCAUAUAUUACUAGUAGUGCCGUAGACAUUAAACAAAACAAACGUAGUAAGGCGCGUAUGCGGUGUGUGCGUGCGUGCUUGUGUGUGUGUGUGGUGACCCGGAAUUUGCGAAGUAAGCGAUUGAUGAUUAUCAAACGAAACUGAAAAUUGAAAAUAAAACAUUUCUGCAACUAAAUAACUUUAGCAGUAUGAUAUUAAAAAAGGUGUUUUUUUUCUUAGAAUAU